GCAAUAAGCAAUGAAUUUUUAUAAGAAUAUAAUGGUAUAUAAGGAGAUAUCUAACUGGUAAUUUCUCUCAAGUUUUAAUUUUAAUCAUCAAUUAAAUAUUACAAAAUGGGAAUCACAGACAAAAUUCAAGAAAAGUUAGGCGGAAAGGACAACACACAAAAGUAUACCUCCGAAGCACAAAAGCACUAUAAGAAUGGUGACUUUGACCGUGCCAACAUUGAAAAGUAUGGUAACGAUGGCGACAAGGCUGCUGGUAAGUAUCUUGGAAGAGAAAACUUGUCAGGAUCUGAAGGUGGGAUCGGUACCAGAAUUGUAGGUGGUAAGCCUACCUCUGCUCAAGGUACUACUGGUACUACUGGUACUACUGGUACUACUGGUACUACUGGUACCACCGGUGGUCACUCUGGUGCCACUGGUGCUGGUGCUGCCGGUGUUGGUGCCGCUGGUGUUGGUGCAGGUGCCGCUGGUGCUCAUCACUCUGGAUCCCACGGUACUUCUGGUACUCACGGUUCUACUGGUGCUUACGACUCCACUGGUACUCACGGUUCUACUGGUGCUUAUGACUCCACUGGACGUGGUACAACUGGUACCCAUGGCUCUACCGGCGCUUACGAAUCCACACAUGGUUCUUCUGGUGCUUAUGACUCCACUGGUCGUGGUACUACUGGUACCCAUGGUACUACUGGUACUCACGGUUCUACCGGUGCUUACGACUCCACUGGUCGUGGUACUACUGGUACCCAUGGUUCCACUGGUGCUUACGACUCUACUGGCUCCCAUGGUACUACUGGUACUCACGGUUCUACUGGUGCUUACGACUCUACUGGUCGUGGCACCACUGGUACCCAUGGCUCCUCCGGUACUUCUGGUAAGUACGAUUCUGCUUAUGGUACUACUGGCUCUCAUGGUGCCCAUUCUGGUCAUGCCAAUGACAGCUCUUAUACUCAUGGAUCUUCCGGUACAUCCCACAGUGACAAGCACUCCACUCCUGGCCACUCUCUUUCCGGAUUCAGCACUGGUAACUCCAAGUUGGAUUCCGAAAUCUCUUCUUUAGAACCACAUCUUCAAGAACAAGCUAAGAAUGCUUUCCACAAGGGUUACAACGAUGCCAAGGGUUUCAAGGCCUAGUUUUUAUCUAUGUAUUUUAUGAAUAAAAUUUUAAAUUUAUAUUAA